CUUUGCUGGAUCCUUCUCAUAAAAAUCUCUACAAAGAUGUGAUGGUAGAGACCUAUAGGAAUCUCACAGCUAUAGGUUACAUUUGGGAAGAACAUACAAGUGAAGACCAUUUUCAAACUUCUAGAAGUCAUGGAAGGCAUGAAAGAAGUUGUUCUGCAGAGCAACCCUCUGAGUUUAUUCACUGUGGUAAAGCCUUUGCAAAUGAGAGUGGUAGUCAAAGGCAUCAAAUAAAACAUACUGGAGAGAAACAGCAUGACUGUAACCAAUGUGGUAAAGCUUUUAAAAGAAGGAGUGACCUCCAAAUACAUAAGCGAACACAUACAGGAGAGAAACCCUAUGAAUGUAAACAAUGUGGUAAAGCCUUUUCACAAAGCAGUCAUCUCCGAAUACAUAAGCGAACACAUACAGGAGAGAAACCCUAUGAAUGUAAACAAUGUGGUAAAGCCUUUGCACAAAGCAGUCAUCUCCAAAUCCAUAAGCGAACACAUACAGGAGAGAAACCCUAUGAAUGUAAACAAUGUGGUAAAGCCUUUGCACAUAGCAGUCAUCUCCACAUACAUGAGCGAACACAUACAGGAGAGAAACCCUAUGAAUGUAAACAAUGUGGUAAAGGCUUUGCACGAAGUGGUGACCUCCAAAAACAUAAACAAACACAUACAGGAGAGAAACCAUAUGAAUGUAAACAAUGUGGUAAAGCCUUUUCAAGAAAGAGUGUCCUCCAAAUACAUAAACGAACACAUACAGGAGAGAAACCCUAUGAAUGUAAACAAUGUGGUAAAGCCUUUGCACAAAGCAGUCAUCUCCGAAUACAUAAGCGAGCACAUACAGGAUUGAAACCCUAUGAAUGUAAACAAUGUGGUAAAGCCUUUGCAGGAAGCAGUGGUCUCCAAUGCCAUAAAAGAUCACAUACAGGAGAGACACCAUAUGAAUGUAACCAAGGUGGUAAACCCUUUGAAGGAAGCAGUGGUCUUGAAUAUAAUAAUCGAACACAAACAGCUGAAAAACCCUAUGAAUGUAACCUAUGUGCUAAAGUUUUGCAGGAAGGAGUGACCUUUAAAGAGAAAAGACCAUACAGGAGAGAGACUCUAUGAAGGCAUCUGAUGUUAUAAAGCCUUUGCAGCAAGCAUUGAUCUCCAAGUACAUAAAUGAACACAUACCAGAGAGGAACCUUUUAAAUGUAACCAAAGUGGUAAAGCUUUUUUGAAGGGUAAAAGGCUGGAAAACAAUUUUCCAAGCAAAUGGUCUGAAGAAACAAGCUGGAGUAGCCAUUCUAAUAUCAAAUAAUAUCAACUUCCAACCUAAAGUUAUCAAAAAAGACAAGGAGGGGCACUUCAUACACACCAAAGGUAAAAUCUUCAAAGAUGAACUCUCAAUUCUGAAUAUCUAUGCUCCAAAUGCAAGAGCAUCCACAUCUAUGAAAGAAACUACAGUAAAGGUCAAAGCACAUAUUGCACCUCACACAAUAAUAGUGGGAGACUUCAACACACAGCUCUCAUCAAGGAACAGAUCCUGGAUGAAACUAAACAGAGACACAUUGAAACUAACAGAAGUUAUGAAAAAAAUGAAUUUAACAGAUGUCUACAGAACAUUUUAUCCUAAAACAAAAGGAUAUACCUUCUCAGCACCUCAUGGUACCUUCUCCAAAAUCGACCAAGAGAACCAAAGAGGAUUGCCAUGCUAGUAAAUGAAGUGGAUGCAGGCUUGAGAGCUGGGAAUGGCAGAAUACCAGCCAUGUAAGAGCCAGGGAAGAGAGCCCCAGUGGCCCCUCCUGUGAUUGAUUCUGGGGUAGCAAAAAUGGCAUAGAGACUUUAGUAAGUAAUAAUUCAGGAUUAUCACAGAAAAGAAUUAGCAAUGUGGAAGUUUGAGAGUGUCCCAACCAAUUAGCUGAUUUAAAAUAGUAAAUAAAGCUGUGUAUCUUUAUUUGAGGAUCUAAAGCAUUUGCAUGCUCAGUGAGGAACUUGCACAGGAAGCAUCCUAUAGUAGAUCAGAGUAACCAACCAACUCUGCAGAAUGUACCUCACCUGUAGGCUUGAACUCAAUAUUAAAAAUUAAUUGUAGAUUCUCAAGUGGAAAA